CUCACGAUGGAGGUCUUAGGGCCCGGGCCUCUUUCCCUCCUUGAGGAGAGUAAGGCUCUGGCCACCCCAGGGGACUCAGGAGAUUCAGGGUCCUGCCUGGGGUGGGGUCUAGGUCUGGCCAAGUCUCCUUCACCUCGGGCCCAGGAAGUGGCUUUCCAGCUGGCUCAGAAUUGGAUCCGAACCAACUUUGAGGUCUACUCCCAAAAGUCAGCCAUGUUUGAGGAGGAGGGCUUUGGCUGGACCAGUGGAGUGGUCCUGAUGCUCCUGGACCGCUAGGGUGACCGGCUGAGCUCGGGGACCCAGACAGCUUUCCUGGAGCCCCCC